AUGAAACUGAAACACGGCUAUUAUGAUGUUUUCAUUCGGAUAUGUGCUAGGUAUUCAUCUAAAACUGCUAUCAGACACUACACAGAUGGCAUUUAUAAGAAUUAUACAUACUCGGAACUGUAUGGAGUAUGUGAAUAUAUAUCACAAAAUUUACAACAGCUAACAUGUAAGAAGGGAAUAAUUGGAUUAGUUUCCGAAAGAAAUAUCAUCAUUCCGUGUGUUGUUGCUGCGGCUCACAAAUGCAGCACAGCAUUUAUGUUCCUUGAUCCAACUCAUGACAUAGAAAAAAUUGCUAAUGAUGUUAAAUUUACUAUAAUAAUUACAAUAAAGGAGUUGGAAAGGAAUGCAUCAUCAUUAUCAUCAGAACUAUUUAAUAAGAAACCAGAUAAAACAUUGACUGUUUUUAAUUUAGUAGUUGAUUUAUAUAAUGUAGAUAUAAAUGGAAGUCACCAUAGUUAUGCAACUGAUCAUUCUUAUAUAGCAAUGACGUCUGGAAGUACUGGUGAACCCAAACACAUUCAAGUUCCAGUACAGUGUAUGCAACCAAACAUAGAAGAUUUGACUAAAUUAUUUGAAAUUACUCCAAGUGAUGUAAUAUAUUUUUCCACUCCUCUAACAUUUGAUCCAUCUAUGAUAGAAAUUCUAUUAGCCUGUAUGAAUGGUGCUUCACUACUGAUUGCACCAGAAAAGGUUGAUAUUCUAUUUCCCGAGAAGAAUGAAAACUCAAUUACAAUUUGGCAGACAACUCCAUCAAAAUUCUUUCAAUAUUCAAAUUUAGAUAUAAAAAAUAAAAUUUUAAGUGCAAAUUCAACACUUAAAAUAUUGGCCCUAGGAGGGGAACCUCUUAAUGGUAUAAAAAGAUUGAAAGAAUUAAAAGAUACAAAAAAUAAUACUAGAAUUUUUACACUGUAUGGUGUUACUGAAAUGUCUUGCUGGGCUUGUGUCGCUGAAUUGGAUCUGAAUAGGAUAUUAAAUGACCGGGAAGUGCCUUUAGGAAAUUGUCUAUCUGAAACUGAAAUUGUAUUAGGACCUCCUCAUAAAAAUAACACAGGCAAAAUUAUUUUAACGAGUAAGACAAGAAAAUGUAUGAUACUUAACAAAGGUAUUAGUACAGACGAACGAAGUAUAAAGUAUAUUGACACAGGUGAUUUGGGAGAACUAAAAAAUGGCACUAUAUAUUACAGAGGUCGAACCGAUGAUGUUAUUAAAAGAUUUGGAAAUAAAGUUAACUUACAAACCAUAGAGACCACAAUAAUGCAGUGUCCAAGGGUGAAGACAUGUUCAUGUAUUUGGUUGCCAAAGCCUAUGUUACUAGUUGUAUAUUAUUCUUCUGAAACUCUCAGUAGUCAAGAGUUAUCAGAUUUUUUAAAAUGUAAGUUGGAUGAUAAGCAUUGGCCAGACAAAAUACUUAGAGUGGAUAACCUACCAAUGAACCCUCAUGGGAAGACCUCCAAAACAAUUUUAUCUCAAAUGUUCGAAAAGACUCAUAUAAAACAAACUUUUGAGUCCUUAAAAGUGCUACUAUUAAAGGAAUUUAAAAGUCUAUUAAAUAGAGACUUUACAUAUGAUGAAAUUAAACAUAAGGAUUUUUUUUCUAUUGGCGGUACCUCAUUUCUAGCAGUUGCAUUGUGCAACAAAAUAUCCAAUAUUUCUCCUUCAUUUGGAAAGUUUAUCUUACCCUACUUGAUUUCUCAAAAAAACACAAUAGGUGAGAUAAUGUUAUUAGCUACAAAAGAAUUAGGACUUGAAGAAAAUAAGCCAAAGAAAAGAUUAAAGAGAUCCAGAUCUAUAACCGAAAGUUUAUCAACAAAUCAAUCGGUUAAAAAAAUAAUGGAAAACCCCUCACUGACUCUUGUAGAUUUUGUUGUUGUUUGGACUUAUGAUACUGGGAAAUGUGUCGAUGCAUCGCCUACACUAUUCCAGAGUGGCCUCAAUCUGUACGUGACCGUGGGCAGUCAUUCGGGGAAAAUCGUUGUUAUUGAUGCAAUAAGCGGUAUAACGCAAGGCGCAGUCAAGGUGAAAUCACGGGUCGAAGCCCCUGUACUAUGCUAUAGCGAUCCUGAAUCGUCCACGCCCUACGGUUUUGUUGGCACCUAUGAUGGUACCAUCAUAUGUUUUAAAUUAGAAAAUUGUACAGAAAUAUGGCGAAUAAACAUAGGCUCUAUGGUUAAAAGCAAAGGAAUAUAUAGUAAAGGAUGUCUAUACAUCGCUUCAUAUGACGGCUUCAUACGCUGCAUUGAUGCUACGUCAGGUGAAAUAAAACACGCAAUACACAUAGCCGGCCAAGCGAUAUCUGCUGACUUAGCCCUAGCUAAGAACGAGUUCAUUCUACUUGGCACUUUAUCAGGAGUGUGCGCGAGUGUACACAGCGAGACGCAAACCGUGGCUUGGCGCGGCACAGUUGGCAGCCCUGUGUUUUCAAGCCCAGUUCUCUACGAUAAUGAUAAAUACGUGGUCUUUGCGGAAGUAAAUGGUGAAAUACACUGUCGGACUGUUGAAAAAGGCAUCAAGAUCUGGAAAUAUCAAGGUGCUAAAGGGAACAUAUUUUCUUCAAUAUAUAUUAAAGAAGUGGAGAAAUUCAAAUGGCGUAUGGUUUUUGGCUGUCAUGAUAACAAAGUUUACAGUGUCAACAUAAAGAACUUUCAGCCAACCUUGUAUUGGAAAACUCAACUCACAUCCCCAGUUUAUUCAACACCCUGUAGUUUGAAAGAGAAGUAUAUAUUAGCAGCAUCCAAUAAUGGAAUAUUAUGUAUACUCAAUUCUGAGACUGGUACAAUAGUGUCAGACUAUCAAUUGCCAAAUGAAACUUUUUCAUCUCCAUCAGUAUAUAGAAAUUACAUUUUUAUUGGUUGCAGAGAUGAUCACCUUUAUUGUAUAAAAUAUGUAAUGAAUGUA